AUGAAUUAACAAAAGCCCCCGACAACCCAAACUAAAAAAGUAGAUUAAUCUGUUUCAACAAUUACAAAAAAAUCCCAAUCAGCUUCAAGAAAGGAUUCCUCGUUUCAAUAAGCGGCUGUUCGAUAAGUUCUAGUUGGAGGAUAACCAGGAGAUGGCUUAUGGUGUUAUGCAUAAGAUUAGCCUUCCCCAAAUCUGGCUAGCAUAAAGGAAAUUAAUACUCAGAUGAAUUAAAAGUUCAAGUAAAUUGAAUCCAAUAUUGAAUCUGAAAUAGUUGAAACAAUAAGAUAAUAAUGUCAUAAUUUAGGGUUAGAAUUAGAGAAUGUGAAUGUUUAGAAUUAAAAUUUAAAAAUUGACAUAGCCUAAUAAAAUAAAUAUAUAGAUUAACAAACUAAAAAGCUUGAAACAGCUAUGAAAGAAAUUGAAAAUUUAAGGAAUGUUAAAGCAUCUCUUCAAUCUCAAUGUGAUACAAUUAAGGAUCUAUAUAAUAAAACCAAGAGGGAAUUAGCAGGAAUAAAUUAAGAAUUGGAAUAGGAAAAGUAAGAAAAUAAAGAAAUGUCUUAACAAAUUGCUAAAUUAUAAGGAUUAUAUUAAGAAAUGUAGAAAGCAAAUAAAGUUGAAGUUGAUAACCUCAAGGAGAGACUAGAAGAAUUAGAAGAAGAAAACGAAGAAUUUAGAAGAAAAUUUUAGAUGAAAGGAGAAAUAGAUAAGAGAUUGGAUUAGGAAAGAAUUAUCCAUUAGAAUUAAUAGAAAUUGAAUUAGGUGUCUGAAAAUGAGAGGAAGUUAGAAAAGAUGGGUAAGUUAUUAGAAGAAAAUGCUACGUUAAGCGAAAGAUUGGGAGAGAGCGAAACAUUAAGAAGAAGGUUUAUGGAGAAGAAUAAUCAAUAUGAAAAGGAAAUUAAAAUCCUUGUUGAAAGUAAAUUAGAAGUAGAGAAGCAAAUGGUGGCUUUAAAAAAGAGAGUGAAUGAUUUAUAAGUUAUGAAAUCAACUAAUCAAAAAAUAUUGGAAGAUAAAAUCAAUAAAUUACAAGACUAAUUUACCCAAUCGUAGUAAUAAAUUGAAAAACUAACUUAAUAAUUAAAAAGAAAUCAAAAAUUGUAAAAUCAUCAACAACAAAAUUAAGAGGAAGAAGUCUCAGAUUAUGAAGAUGUGUAAUCAAAACCAUAACUCUUUGGAGCUUGA